AUGGCUGCCUCCGCCGCCGUCUCUGCGCAAGAAGCGCAGCAGAUGCCCUUUAUCAGAAACCUCGCCUCAAGCGACCGCAAACUCCGCACCGAAUCCCUCUCCUCCCUCCAAGCCUUCCUCUCCUCCCGCCAGUCUCUCACGCCCAUCGACGCCCGCAAGCUCUGGACAGGCCUCUACUACGCCCUCUGGAUGACGGACCGCCCGCGCCCCCAGCAGGCCCUCGCCGCCGACCUCGCCAACCUGCUCUUUGGCCUGCAGCCCGCCUGCGUCGAGCCCUGGCUCGCGGCCUUUUGGUCCGUCCUCGGCACGCAGUGGCCGCACAUUGAGGCGCUGCGCCUGGACAAGUUCCUGCUUCUCGUCAGGAGGGUGUUUGGCGCGCAUGUGCGGCUUGUCAAGGAGCAGGGCUACAAGGGCGCUUUGACGGAGCAGGUUGCGGGUGUUUUUGCGAGGUGGUGCUUUGAUGCCGAGGAUGAGGAGAAGGUUGCGCUGGGACUGAGGCUGCAUGUGCUGGAUGUGUGGGUGGAUGAGCUUGAGCGUGAGGGCGCCAUUGCUGCUGCGCAGGAGGGGAAUGAGGACGCAAAGGCGUUUGUGCAAAAGGUUGGCUCUUUGGUGGAGACGCUCAAGCGGUGUCCUGUCAAGUCUUUGCGACAACGCUCGGCAGACAGCUACGACGACGAGAGAUUGCCGUGGGCAGAGAAGAAUGAUGAGGAUGAGGGUGAGGAUGAGGAUAUGGACGGGGCAGAGGGCGAUGAGGACGACGAAUGGGGUGGUCUGGACAACUAA